AUGUUAGCAUCCAUGUUUGUAAAUACUGUUGAAAUUGAUGAAUCUUUCGGAACUUAUAAAUUACCAUCUAUUAUCCUCACAAUUGCAACAUCAGGUGAUAGUCAAUUAGAAACAAGUGCAUUAACAUUACUAGUGAAUAUUUUUGCAUCUAAACAACCAUAUUAUCGCGAUUAUUUCUCUCCAGAAGAUAUGCAAUUAUUAUUUGAUUUCAUUAUUAAGAAUAGAAUAAAUAAGACAAAUUACGUGUUCAAGAUUCUUCUUAUAAUUAUGGACAAAAAUUCGGACUUUUCAAUAAAUUACUUUGCAAAUAUUCCAAAAGAAACUUUAGUCGAAGCAUCUCUAGCAAUAUCACGUUCUGCUGCAACAGAUCGUUACAAUGAAUCAUUAAUGAGCAAUUUAAUCAUCAGAUUUAUUGAAAGAGUAAUCAAUAUCAUGCCAAUUGAAGAAUAUUUCGAAACUUUAGGUAUGAUUAUUAACGAUGGAUUAAGAUUUUUAGAUCUGACACAUCCACAUAUGACAGAUUUCUUCAAUUUAUUAGAUUUAAUUUCAGAAAACGAAAACUUUAAAGAUCUUGAUUCUAAAUAUCAGUUCGGAUAUUAUAUCAAUCAUAACAUGUUCCAAAUUCCAGAUGACUUAAUUAUUCCUGCACUUAAUGUUUUAGCUGCUUCUUCUUUGUCUGUUGACAAGAUAGAUAUUAACCAACUUGUUAAUCUUUGUGCAAAUUCAGAUGUUGAUAUACAACAGACUGCAUUCUUUGCUAUAGGAAAAUUAAUUUUUAAUCAUAGUGAACUUGCAGCCAAAUUUUACGAGGUCUUUUCUCUUGACUUAUUAACGAAUAUUGAAUCAUAUUCUUCCAAAAUUAAGCUUGAAAUUAUUUAUAUAAUGACAGCUUUUGCCAUUUAUUGCGAUUCUGCUGCUAGAUUAGAAAUGAUUGAUGCUGGUCUUAUAGAUGAGUUAUUAGAAUAUAUAGAAUUAUCUGAUUUUUCUGUUGAAAUUGCAAAUUCAUUAAUUUUGUUAUUGAAAACCAAAAUGGAUAUAGAUGGAGCGCAAGUUACAUUAGAUUUCAUUAACGAGCAUGAUAUAAUAGAAAUUUUAGAAAAUAUCAACGAAGAAUCAAAUGAUGAAAAAUUUCAUGCUGAAUUUGACUUGUUUGUUUCAAUUUUUGAUCCUAACUAA